AUGGAGAGGACGGUCACUGAAGAGGAGAUGCUGCCCGUCUACGACUACGUUAUUGUUGGAGGAGGUUCGUGUGGUUGUGUGUUGGCCGCCCGAUUGGCCUCGGCUUCAGACCGAACUGUGCUAUUACUUGAGGCUGGCGGAGAUGACCGAAAAAUACCAGAGAUCCCCGUGCCUGGAUCAGCUCGUCUUCUUCAACUGACUGAUUGUGACUGGCAGUACAAAGCCGUGGCCCAACAAAAUGCAUUCAAAGCAUUUAAAGAUCAGGUGUUCAAUAUUCCCCGGGGUAAGGUUCUGGGUGGGUCGGGGUCUAUAAACUACAUGAUCUAUAUGAGAGGUACCCCUCACGACUACGACAUCUGGAAGAAUAUGGGAUGCCCAGGUUGGGGCUAUGACGAUGUGCUACCUUACUUCAUGAAGUCGGAGAGAUGUCUCAUUAACAGGCGGGUGGACAAAGGAUUCAUGUUGGUUCAGUCCAACAUCGCUGAUGGUGUUCGACAGAGCUCCAGUGAGGCGUACUUGAGACCCGUAAUGAAGCGGGAGAACCUGCACGUGGCCCUAAAUUGUCACGUGACCAAGGUAUUGAUUGAUAAACAGGUAGCUCGCGCUGUGGAGUUUGUGCGUGGAUCAUCCAGAAAGAAAAGGCAGACAGUGCGAGCCCGUCAGGAAAUCCUGCUCUGUGGCGGGACGAUUGGCUCGGCUCAUCUGCUAAUGCUGUCCGGCAUUGGACCUGCCCAUCAUCUCAAGUCAGUAGGGAUUGACGUGGUUGCCGAUUUGCCGGUUGGAGACAACCUUCAAGACCAUAGUGGCACGUUUGGAAUCGAGUUCCAAAUUGAUGAGCCUAUUUCUGUGUUACCUGAAGACUUGGCCUGCCAGGAGAGACGAGACCUUUAUGAGAAAUUGAGGACAGGUCAUCUAGCUACGAAUGUGUAUGACGCCAUUGGCCUGAUCCGGAGCGAGGUCCAAGAUCCGGGCAAUCCCAAUCCGGACAUUUGUCUGACAAGUCUCUGCUCAUUGUACGGUGCCGGUCACGGGACUGCAUUCAAAGCCGCCACUGGCAUGCGCAAUGAGAUCUGGGAAUCCAUGUUUUGUGGAAAUCUGGGCAAACACGGCUUCGGAGUCAAAAUCGCCGUGACUCACCCAAAGAGUCGAGGCACAAUCCGGUUAAGGAACCCUGAUCCGUUCUCAUACCCAGCCAUCGAUUACCGGUGUUUUUCACAUCCGGAUGAUGUCGCAACGACGUUAGCAGGUAUAAAAUUCCUCAUGAAACUUGGACAAACGGAGCCAAUGAAGGCGAUUGGAGCUCGCUUUACAGCACGUGUUCUUCCACAUUGCACUAAAAAGCCAUUCACCGACGCAUACUGGGAGGAAUACAUCCAAACUUUGACCUUCAUGACGUAUAAUAUUGGUGGAACUUGCCGAAUGGGCCGCCCGGAGGAUUCGACAACUGUCGUUGAUCCACAGCUCAGGGUGAAAGGUGUGGAGAGGUUACGUGUGAUUGAUGCUUCCAUCAUACCUGUCCUUCCCUCAGCGAGCAUUUAUGGACCGUGCCUGAUGAUUGCUGAGAAAGCUGCAGACAUUAUCCUCGGGAAACACACAUGA